GCCCUAAGUUGUAUUAAGUUCGCGGCACUCGUCUUGUUUGAUUUCCCAAUAAUACGUUUACAGACUCCACAAUUCACCGAGCUGCAAACUACAAUCUAGCCAGAGUAGCAUUACCUAGCAAUGAGUCGUAGUUUGGGCAUACCGGUGAAACUUCUACACGAAGCAACAGGGCAUAUAGUGACUGUAGAGAUGAAGAGCGGUGAAGUUUACAGAGGAAGUAUGGUGGAGUGUGAGGAUAACUGGAAUUGCCAGCUUGAAAGCAUUACUUACACUGCUAAAGAUGGAAGGGUGUCACAACUAGAACAUGUUUUUAUUAGAGGCAGUAAAGUCAGGUUCAUGAUAAUUCCAGAUAUGCUUAAGAAUGCUCCUAUGUUCAAGCGCCUAGAAGCAAGAAUUAAGGGCAAAGGUUCAUCACUUGGUGUUGGACGUGGACGUGCUAUGGCAAUGCGAGCUAAAGCUCAGGCCGCAGGUCGUGGAGCAGCACCUGGUCGGGGUGUUGUACCCCCUGUGAGAAGAUGAUUGCCCCUUGCGGGAUUUUGUAUGAUCUGGUUUUGAGUUCAUAAAUUCAUUGUAUUGGCAGUAAGCUUCUGUUCCCUUGUAAUUCUAAGCAGUAUGGAACAUUCGGUGUAGAAUUUUAACUUUUCUGGUCUAGAUAUGACUUGAGUGAGCUGGAAAAUCGAGUGACUUUCGGAAGGCCGCUAUAGAUUAUGGUAAUAUGGAUUGGUCUAGUUUCUCAUUCAACAUUUUGUGCUCCAGGAGUACUUUGCUGUGCCUCUGUUUAGUGAUGGGUUAUGAAUUUUUUCCUAGCGUUUUUAAUGCAAAUAGUCCCUUGUUGAUUGGCUAUAA